UAACCAUUGCAGUGGCUGGCAGGUUUCCUGAGCUAAGAUCAUCUGUGAGUCUGUGACUCAAUGUGAAGUGUGAUCUGUGAUUUCCUCUGAUUUUUAUUCGUGAAUUGUGAUAUCGAGUUCAGUUUUCGUCUGUUCGUUGUUCGUACUUAGAGUUUGUGAGUGGCAUGACUUUUGCUUGUUGAGCAAUUCGAUAGACUUCCCUGAUUUUAUUUCUGAUGUGUUAAAAAUAUAUUAUUUUAUACGUUUGAUAAAGAGGACUCAAACUUAAGAAAAAUGCCAAUCGUCAGUGGCUCUACUGACCUGAAGUCACUUCCAAGUAUGAAUGGAAAUUCAGACCAUAGUCUAUUGCAAUUAGACGAUGAUGAGUCAUUUGUCGUCCUGGAAAGAUCUUCAGCAAAUGACGAAGGGAUGACAAUUGAUGGAAAUCUUCAGGGUUACCAACCUCUUCCGGUCAGUUACUCAUUCCCAGUCUUCAACAAUUUGGUUUCAAGCCAGAGUCCACUCAUAAAUCAGCCAGUUCCUGUAAUAGAUCCUUUGGGCCUCCAAUUUGAAAGUCCACAUAGCUCUGUAAGCGUUGAGGAAAUAGAGAAACGCCUUCAAGAGGUCAUCCAUGAAAACAUAAACCUAAAAGAAAUUGUGUACCAGACCAACAUGGUAAUGAAACAACAGCUGAAGACUGUGAGUCUGGUACAGGAUAGGGCAUUGGAAACUCAGAGGAACCACCAGGAAAAGUUUGAAGAAACUAAAUCGUUAAUACUGAAGCUGGGAUCGGAGAAAAAUAUUCUGCAAGAAACUAACAGUUUGAUUGUGUCUCAGUUAGAAAAAUUAAAAGAAGAAAACAAGGAAUUGAAAAGUGCAAACGAAGCUUUUGGAAAUGAAAUAUCAAAGUUUAAAGAAGAUACCAAACAGCUCAAGGAAUCCAACAUGGCGUUAGUAACAGAAACUACUAAACUGUUAGCAGAAAACGAGGCACUGAAGAAACAAUUGACCACAGCACAAGAAGCUGUGCAAACUGCAUCCGAGAGUAGCAAAGUAUCAUCAUCAGAGCUGAUGGCAGAAAACGAAACGCUGAAGAACCGAUUGGCAUCUGCAGAAGCUUUGCAGCGUUCCUUUGAAAAUAGCAAAAUAGCAGAGUUGAUGGAGGAAACCCAGAACCUGAAGAAACAGUUGGAGUCUGCAAACGAAGCUUACCAAAAUGCAUGGGAAAGUGGAAAAGUAGCAGCAGCAGAGCUGGUGGCAGAAAAUAAGAGUCUGAAGAACCAGUUGGUAUCUGCAGAAGAAGCUUUGAAACAUGCCUCUGAGGGCAACAAGAAAGCUUCACAGCAAUCAGCAAAGGAGGUAGAACUGCACCAACUGGUGGGUGACCUUACCAGAAAAUUGGAGAUUGUAGAAAGAGCUCGCAGAGAUCAAGAGUUUGGUUUGGAUCGUUUACAAGCCCAGCUGGGCCGAGUGACUGAAGAGCUCACAGACACUCAACGAAAACUUGCUCACUCUGAGAAUGCACUACAGUCAUCUCAAAGCCAGUUACAAACUGAAAAUUCCUUCCAGUACGGGGAGAAAUUAAAUAAGUACUUGGGUCUACUGAAGCAACUGAAAGAUUCACUAGAUGAGGAGCAAUCCAGAUGUAACAGCCUUGGCAGUUGGCUAAAUUUGACCGCAGAAUCUGGAAAUGUGAUGGAGUUUGAGAUUUCUGAAUUACGACGUCUUCUGCAAGAGGAACAAGAGCAUAGUGUUAAAAUGAAGACAUGUUUGUACUCAGCAGUGACAAUGAUCCAUGAAAUAUUGUCAGACUUCAAAAGUCUGGGAGAGGAGCUGGAGAAAGUUAGAGCAGAUCAUGCUGUCAAGGAAUCACACAGCCUGGCAUAUGAUGAGAUGCAGAAGAAGGGUUUCCGAGAGAGGCUCGACUCACUGACAGCCAAGCUGGUGGAGAAGGAGGAGGCCUUAGCCAUCUCUCAGAGACAUUUGGCCUCUCUCCAUGAGGCCGUCCGUCUGCAGAACGCAGAGAAAGAGGGUGCUUUCUCAUUUUUAGGAUUAUAUGGUAGCGGAGAAGUAAAAGUUCUCAAGGAGCAAGUGAAAAACUUGAGUGAUGAAGUUCAAGCUAAAAAGGAUGAACUGCAAGCCAACAUGCAACAAAUACAGACUCUUAGAACUGAAGUGCAGAAGCUGCAAGGUGUCAAUGACACUGUAAUGGUCCUUGAGGAGCAAGCAAAGAUAUAUCAAGCUGACUUCGAAGCGGAGCGAAAAGCAAGAGAAUUGUUAGUUGCAGAGAAGGAAAGAGUUGUAGAAGAUUUUCGUCAUCUUGUGAAAAGAAAUGAAGCUUUACUCAAGCAAGUCAAUAAACUUCAAAACAACCUUCCACGUGAAAAUGCAGUUACAUCCCAAACCUGCUCAUCUUCAAGGCGGCAGGAGCAAACUCCAUCCCCUCCCACACCAAGGCGAAAUUCCAAUUUAAGGCCCAAACCCAAGCAGUUUGUUUGUCCCAACACCACUUGCAAUCUCCCGUUCAACUCUCUGGAUGAAGUCCACCAACAUGUGAUCGCAUGUUGGGGCCUGCAAGAUUAGAUCAUUUGCGACUGGCCACAAUGGUUUUAGUUUAGUUACUGCAUUAUUUAACACAUUGUUUUGCUUAUAACUGUUAUUUCUAAUCAGUAAUAUUUUAAAACUUUGGUCACAUAAAAAUUAGUUCAAUUUAGAAAUUAGAUUUGUUCACAUUUUGUAACAUAUAAUAUGGUGUUGCAAUAUGUAGUGGAAAUGUACUGAUGUUUCAAUAUUAAUUACAUAUUGACUGAAUAAUAAAUAAUGUUAUUCAAUUUUAUUAUUAACUAUAUUUUUCAACAUUUGUCAAUUAGUUGUAUGUAGCUUGUUUGUGUUUCUAAUUGAUUUCAAUGAUUCCAUUGCCAUAUUGCAAUCUGUGAUUCUUAUUAAGUUUGAUCCAGUCAGUGUUGUUUUUCCCGGUUAGCAUUUAGUUGUUUGUCUAACAGUUGUUAAAUUCAAUAAAUAUAGAGUUGUUUUGGUACUUUUUUAGUUUUUUAUACAUCUUUUUUACUCAAUUCAAGAUUUAAUGGUUGAUAAAAUCGUGACGGCUUUUAAUUAAAAAUAUUACACUGACUAUUUUGUUACUGAAGUAAUUUUUUCCAAGUCACUUUUCAGUCUACUGUAUUAGAGAAAAUAAUACAAUAAUGGUAUUUAAACUACUUUUAACGUAUGCUGCUUAAAAUUUUCAGUGUUAAGCCUUUUAUUGUUAAUAGCAGUUUCACUCAUUUGAGUGUAUAACUAAAAUUAGUAGGGAAAUUAUCUCUUUCUACAUCUAUAAAAAUGGUUUAUUAUGAUUUACUGAAGAAUUUAUAGUUAGAAACAAACGUGCCAAUGUAUAUAGCUCAUUUGUGUAAACCAUUCAACAUUUUUAUUUGAGCAUAUAGUAGACUGAAGAUUAAUUUGAUGUAUAACGUGUUAAUCUUAUUUAUUAUACCAAAACCUUAUUUUUGUAAGAAAAUCCAUCCUUAUUAUUAUUUAUUAAAAUGGCACAUUGAAACUUUAAAUAUAUUUUUACUUACAUUAUGUUUGCUCAUUAGGUCAGCUCAGAAAUGGGAUCUGCCAUAACAGUUAUACUAAUGCUAAAUUUAAUCUUAUUAUGAGUAGAUAAAGAUGUUUUAAAAAAUGAAAGUAAAAUAUAUUUUUUUAACUUGCUAGAUUGAACUGCAAUAAAAAGUAAAUGUCACUGUGAAACAAAAAUAAAAGUUAUAUUAGUUGCUAAACAGCUAAAAUUGUUUCUGAUCUAAAACUGUUCAUAGUUUUUUUUAUCAUUUAGAAUUACUUGUUUUAUACUUUUCACAAGAGUUUAAAAAAAUCAUUUUGGAUAAUUUUUUCCUUCUUUCUACUUAAAUGGUAAAAUAUGUAUUAUAGAUUUAUAAAUAAUGUGUCAAAAUAGCUUUUUUGUUUUCAGUUCCUCACGUGUUUGUUAUUUUUCAUUUACUCAUGAAAUAGUGAAUAGUGUGGUUGAAGGAAAAUUUUAUGCAACCAAAGCAGUUUAGGCUGCUUUAAUAGUCAAUUUAAGGUUUGCAAGUAAAAACUCUUAAUGAGGUAUUGUACGUAAUGUCUGAGGUUACCAUGAAAUACCUGACAAGAGAAUUGAUUGUCAAUCCAUAUAAAUAUUUUAUCGUUAUUAUACAUUAGUAAGCGCCAGAUAACUUGUCAACGAAACUUAUCACAACAUUAUUAUAGCUGGCAUUUAGUUUGUAUGAGAAAAUAUUUCAAGAAUAAAACUUGUUAAAUUGUA